CUGGGCUGCGAGUGUAACUGCUGCCUUUUGUGCAGAUUCUUAGUCAAGACAGCAGGUUCGAUUCCUUCUGAGUCUCGUCGGUUGCCUCCUAAGAACUAAUUCGUCUCGGAGGAAUGACAGGAGUUGCGCAGGCUUGUGAACACUUUUUAACUUUCGAAGGAACGACAUCAGACAGUGAAUCCCCAUUACCAUCUACUGAAAUUCACGCCAACUCGCUGCCACCAAAGACGUUCACUCGACCGCGACAGGAUACAAAUGACUCACUUGUUGUGUUGCGACCAUGAUGCAUGCUGUUGCUUCAGAGUUGGAAGAAUUCUUGUGAUGAAACUGUUUAGAAAUGUUGACCGACGAUCGCAAUUACACGUGAACAGAACGUGUUUAAAAGUGGCGUGACGUGGAAGUGACAUUUUUGCAUUCUAGUAUUUUUCGCAUUUAAAGGCUAACAUGCUAUUUAAGAAUAUUCGAUUCGAUUGUGGAUUUCGUCCUCUAAAUUCGUCUUUGUGACAGAAACAAAUUACUCAUUGACUGGUGUCUUCCGAAACAAAGUGAACAGUUUUUGUGGAACCAGACUUUAAGUGUUUUGUUUCAUUAUAUAGAACUCCCCGGAUGUUAAGAAACAGCUUAGAAAACAACAUUUCUUAGAAAAGGAAAUUUGAUCAGGGCUUAAUUGUUGGUUUAAAUAUAAUGCUAGUUAAAUUGAAGUGAGCGCUGUUUAUCAUAGGAAACGCUAGGAGAUAAAGUUUCCUUUCUCAGUCGGGUAACGAGUCACUUCAGUACAGACAUGCUGGAAAUGAAUUUGAAAUAAUUCACACCUCUCAACCGAGUCAAGGCAUCUUUAUUAGAAACUGGAAGCUUCUGCUUAAAGGACAACGAAGCCUGAAUAUUUCAAUUACUCGAUAGCAUUCAAACUGUCAAUAUUAGGAUUAAGGAAAACCUCAAACUCACUAUUACUGCUUGAGGUACAUGCAAUUGUAGCCCUCCAAAAUGCAUCAGACAGGAGAUGAGGAUCAAGCUAUGCAAAAAGCCCUCUCCAUGUCUUUAGAAUCCCACCGACAAGAAGAAGACAAGAAGAAACAAAACAACACUUCAUUUGACGAAAAGGGUCAAUCAACGAACUCAAGGCAGUCAUGUCCUCUCGUCUCACCCCUAGCAAGACCCUCCAAAAUGCAUCAGACAGGAGAUGAGGAUCAAGCUAUGCGAAAAGCCCUCUCUAUGUCUUUAGAAUCCCACCGACAAGAAGAAGACAGGAAGAAACAAAACAACACUUCAUUUGACAAAAAGGGUCAAUCAACGAGCUCAAGGCAGCCAUUUCCUCUCGUCUCACCCCUAGCAAGACCCUCCAAAAUGCAUCAGACAGGAGAUGAGGAUCAAGCUAUGCGAAAAGCCCUCUCCAUGUCUUUAGAAUCCCACCGACAAGAAGAAGACAGGAAGAAACAAAACAACACUUCAUUUGACAAAAAGGGUCAAUCAACGAGGUCAAGGCAGCCAUGUCCUCUCUUCUCACCCCUAGCAAGACCCUCCAAAAUGCAUCAGACAGGAGAUGUGGAUCAAGCUAUGCAAAAAGCCCUCUCCAUGUUUUUAGAAUCCCACCGACAAGAAAAAGACAAGAAGAAACAAAAAAACACUUCAUUUAACGAAAAGGGUCAAUCAACAAACUCAAGGCAGCCAUGUCCUCCGGUCUCACCCCAAGCAAAAAAGAGUGGAACCACGCAUUCUCAAAGGAAAGAAAGCAAUGAUCUAUCAUCCAAAGAGAGAGAAAAAAACACAAUAUCCCUCCCCAAAACACAGAAAACUGGAAGACAAACGAACACGACCAUCUCGUCAUCGAAGAGUGGAACCACGCAUUCUCAAAGGAAAGAAAGCAAUGAUCUGUCAUCCAAAAAGAGAGAAAAAAACCCAAAAUCCCCCCAAAAAACACAGAAAACUGGAGGACAAACGAACACGACCAACUCGCCAUCGAAAGUACCACUAUUGUCACCGGAAAAGGCAAUUCCCCUUUGUUUACCGAAUAAUUUUAGCUGGGAUCCAAUGUCUGGUAACAUUCACAAAACAGAUGAUAAACGAUGUUCCCUUGCUCUAAUUCCAGCCGCUAUUGAGAUGUUAGAGGGCAUUAAAGAACCAGUGUGCGUUGUGUCCAUUGUUGGACCAUAUAGACAAGGUAAAUCCUACAUACUGAGCGAGGUUUUUGGUGGGAAGAACAUAUUUCCGAUUGGUCAUUACCUGGACCCUGAGACGUUUGGACUGUGGAUGUGGAUUGUGCCCGAAGUUUUUCAGGACUCAAGUGGUCGGGAUUUUCGAGUGAUUCUUUUAGACUCAGAGGGAAUCGAUGCUGUAACUGCAGGUGGUCAAAACGAUAACCAGAUCUUCACCCUAACUGUUUUACUGGCCUCAGUGUUGAUUUACAAUUCAAAGGGCGUUCCUAAAAGGACUGACCUCAAUGGUUUGGACUUCAUCGUUAAAAUGUCCAAGAAAAUCAGAAUACGAUCGGAAAGCGGCUCGGACGAUAAGGAACUGUUCCGAAACACAUUUCCAUUCUUUAUUUGGCUUCUUAGAGAUACCACCAAUCAAAUUCCUCCAGACUGCAAGGAUAUCAACCAGUACUUUGCAAAAAGGGUUUUCAAGGAAUCAGCAGAGACCACAAAUAGCGAGAAAGAUGGACAAAAAGUCGGUGAAAGCAUAUUGCAGCUUUUCGCUGGAUUUGAAGCCUUCGCUCUGCCCACGCCCUCAAUUGAAGAUGAAGUAUUGCAAGAUAUGAGUAAUUCAAGGGAAAAGUUAAGUCAAAAAUUCCUCCAGGCUUUACAAAAAUUUGAGGCCCUUCUAAAAUCUAAACUUACUCCCAAGCCAAGUAUCAACAAGGGAGAGAAAAUUACUGGCCAAGCUCUUGGAGUUCUGGUCAAGCUAUACACAGACGCGUUAAACGAUCCGAAUGCUAUCCCAAAUGUUGAAGCGGCUUGGGAUACCUAUGUCAAGGAAAAGUGCUCGGAAGUGAAGACACGCGCAUUGCAAAUUUACGAUCAAAAUAUGACUCGGCAAAUGAAAUCGAUUUUUCCAUGCGAAGAUGAAGAAAUUCUCAAGCAUCACGAACGUUUUCAAGAGAGGAGUAUGCAGUUAUACGCGGAUGAAACAGCCGAAUUUAUUUCCAUAUGUACUGGCAAGGAGUCCCGUGAAUUGUCGGAAAAUAUGGAACAGCAGAUGAAGGCAUGGCUGGAAGAAAAUGCCACAUGCACGCGCCAGGAGUGUGAAAAACUUCUGCGUGACCUCAAGGCUGAGUACGUAGAUCCAGUAUUUAAAUGCGUGCGAAACAGCCGACAUGACGGCGAAGUGAAAUAUAGUGAUAUCAUGGAUCAGUGUAAUACUCUUGAACACGAGUUUGCCAAGAAAGCUAUUGGUGCAAAGGAUGUUAGGGCCGAUGUAUUCUUGAACUUUACUAAGGAAUUACAUGACGAAGUUUCCAAAUACCGAGAAAUUCUUUUAAAACUGAAGGACUUCAAUGAUCAUCUUGCUAAGGAAAAGAUGGCAGUAGCCUAUCAAGAGAAAGUGAAAAUGAAACUACAGAAGGAAAUAAAUCAGAUGAAAAAGAAAGAAGAAGCAUGGGAAAAGAAGGUCACAAGGCUUGAAGAGAAGCAAAAAGCUGAUCUAGAAAGCGUCAAAGAACAAGCGAAAGCAGACAAAGAGUCACUCGAGAAAAACAUGGAAAUUGUUCAUGAUGCACACAUGAAAUCGCGAGAGCAGUUCCAAGCAAUGUUAAAGGCUACUACUGACAGAGAGAAACAAGCCGCUCAAGCUUUGAUGAAUUUGCAAGAACGCUACGAUUAUGAAGGAAGUAAGGCACAGAAACAAAUCGAAUGUCUGCGCACAGAGAUGCAAAAUGCGACGGACGAAAAUGCACAGGCUCAGGAGCAGAUGCAACAGCAGCUUGAAGCUCAUGAGUCAAAAAUAGAGAAGAGUGACACAACAAUAACAAAAUUAAAGCUGCAACUUGCAAAAGCUAGAGAGGAAUUGUUGUCCAUCGAGAAGCAGAAAGAAAAAUUAAAGGCUAAGUUAGAUGAAGCUACUAAACCAGGUUUUUUGACAUGGUUGUGGAGAUCUAUUUUCUGAGACUGAGUUAUAACCAUUUGCGACUCUUGAUGAUAACAAAGUGGAGACAAGAAAAGCAUAUCUCUAGGAAAGAUAAUUUUUAGAUUUUUAUGCGUUGAACUAAGCUCAUUUUCAUUUAUGGCGGCCAAAUGUGGCGUUUCUGGAGAAUUCUUUGAUAAUUUUGGUGAGCUUUUCAGAGCUUGUUAAAUUCAUCAAUAUAUCAAGAGUGAAAGUUGAAAAGCGACCUGGUUGGCCUGGAGGCUAAAGUAAACAAGUAGACGCUUCUCGUCAAAACUUUUAUACUUCUUUCGCGGUUGGCUGACUUCACCCUAGCGAAAGCGUUCUGAGUAAUAGUGAAGCUUAUUUCUUUCAGAAUGUUAGUUCCUCAACUUUUUAUGUAGAAAGUGUAACAUAGCAUCUAUGGUGUAACAGCUGUAGCACCCUACCAUUGGCAAAUACUACCACGAGAAGUCAAAGAUCUUAAUAUUUCCUAGUUCCCCAUGAGGAGUUAAACACUCUUAACCAUCGAUGCAAAUAUAAAAUAUAAACCCAGUUGAAUUCUAAUUCUUUUAUUUCAGCACAAAGUGUGUGAAUGUGUCGUGUAUGUAUGCAAAUUUCUUCAUUUUGAAUGUAAAUUUUUCAGCAACAAGACCAGUACCUUACCAAAAAACUGUAUGAUUUAUGAGACCUUUCUGCUCUAUAUAUCUCUAACUAAUUUUUCCUUUAAAUAUAUGGCAAUUUAAAUUACCCAAAUGCACUUAAAAAUUUGAAUGUAA